UUGACAAUGAAAUUUCAUUCCUUUCAACCCAAAAAAAAACCCUCUCUGACAGAGCACAGCUCGUGAAUUGCUUGCUCUGCCUUAGGAGCUGGUCGAUAAUGACGAAAAUUAUGGCGAAAAAAGCUCCAGGGCUCACGCUUCUCCAAAAAGGUCGCUCUCUGAGGCAAUGGAGUUACACCGGAAAAUAGAAGAGAAAGGAUUAGCAUGCAGUGAAAUCACUUACGCUACUAUAAUUAAUGGGUUGUGCAGAGCUGGGAAAACAUGUAUGGCGCUUGAGAUACUCGAGCAAAUGUUUGAAGAUGGAAGGUUUAAGCCUGUCCCUCAAUGCUAUAAUCCAAUCAUUGACAGCUUAUGCAACGAAAGACGAAUAGAUGAGGCGCUGACCCUAUUUCGAGAUAUGAUCAACAAAAGUGUUGCACCAAAUAUCAUCAAUUACAAUUCAUUAAUUUAUGGAUUAUGCAACAUGGGUCUUUGGACACGAGCACUUGCUCUGUUUGAAAUCAUGAAAAACAAAGGCAUAAAGCCUAAUGUUUUCACUUUCAAUUCUUUAAUUGGUGCUUCAUGCAAGUCUGGUAAGUGGGAAGAAGCUGUGCUGCUAUUUAUAAACAUGAUUGAUUGUGGAGCCUUCCCUGAUAUUGUUACAUUCAAUUCUGUGUUGGAUGCUUUGUGCAAGGAAGGGAAGACGGCAGAGGCACUUAACCUUGUGGAAGAAAUGUUCCGUAGAGGGGUAAAGCCUGAUGUCGUCACCUACAGCUCCUUAAUUAAUAGCCUCUGCCAUUCCGCGCAAUGGAAAGAAGCCACAAGGUUGUUUAAUAGAAUGCUGGAUGAAGGAAUUGCACCAGAUGUUGUAACCUAUAACACUGUAAUACAUGCUCUUUGCAAGGAGAGACGGGCCAAGGAAGCGCUCUCCGUGUUAGAGCUAAUGUCCCAAAGAGGUAUGAGGCUUGACGUUUUCACUUACAACUCUCUAAUUUAUGGCAUGUGCCGUAUAAAUCAAUGGGCUGAAGCGACAAGGUUGUUUGAUGAAAUGGUAGUUCAGGGAGUCUUACCUCAUAUCAUAACUUUGAGAAUACUUUUGGAUGCUCUCUUCCAAGGAGGGAUGCCAGAAGAGGCUCAUAAAGUAGUUGAGGCCAAAGUUAAAUAUGGUAUGGUGCUGAGCAAAAUAACUUGCAGUAUGCUAAUUGAUGGUUAUUGUUUUCUUGGCAAAAUGGAUAAGGCAAAGAAGGUUAUUGAUUUAAUGGUGACAAAAGAUCGUGUCCCUGAUAUUGCUUCUUGCUAUAAAGCCUUGGUCAACGGCUAUAUGCAAGCUAAAAGGAUAGGUGAAGCUUUGAGGCUCGUUGAGGAAAUGAUCGAACAAGGGGUGAUGCCUGAUUUGGAAACCCUAAAAGCUUUGCGAAGUUUGCAUCCUAAAAGGCAUGUUGUAUCUGCAAAAUCUUUUAACUGCUAGAACUAGUUACAAUCCUGUAAAAUCUUUUAACUGCUAAUUAUGUCAUUGGUGUAUGACCAAGCAAUAUUAAUGAAAUGAAGUGGUUUCAAACAAGUAUAGGAUCCUUGGUGCUGAAAAAUACAUUCAAUAUUCUUAAUCACACUGAUGGAUCCAUAAACAGGAACAGGAUCCUUUUCACAGGUACUAACUCUCCCAUGAACUUUCAACCACAUCCAAAUCUUUACACUGCUCUUAGUUCAUAGUGUAUGUUCAAGAAUGAAGAGAUAUCAAGAAUUUACGAUUCGGCACAAUGUUAUAUUGACACAUCAGAGCGA